AUGAAUUGUAGUGGGAGUGAUGCCGUUUCAAAAGACAAAGGGAUGGGUUCAGGCUCAUCAAAAGCUGAACCUCCGGUGGUUGUCACAUCGAAAAUACCACUGUUCUGUUUGAAAAAACUUGGUCCUCGACAUGUACUGGUUGCAGGAGGAGGUGGUGAAUCAAAAACUGGUGUCUUGAACCUAAUACAGACGUAUCUCUUGACGUUUGAAAACAGAAAGCUUCCCAAAUGUUCUACUCCAAUGAAAGCCAUACUUGUUGACACGAUAGAUACAGACAUAUAUGCAACGAUGAAUAUGGAUGUUGUUUGUUGUUCGAAUCCUGAAAAGGGAAGGUAUCUCAUAGCAGCGGGUCACGGUCAGUAUUGCGAUGUAUAUGAAACAACGGGUUAUGGUGUCGGAAAAGAUGAUGCCGAUGAAGCAGUCUUGAAGUUUAAUAUUAAGAUGGUUGGAAGACUGACUACAUCAGAACAGGUGGAAUCUUUUCAGAAAUGCGUGCGAUUUGAUCGCUCAACAGCCGGUAGACGCGUUGUCACUGGAGGUGAAGAUGGGCGAAUCCGUGUAUGGAAUACGCAAGCGCUGGUUGAAGAUCGAAAUCCAGAGGUCAUACAUAAGCCGCUUGUUGAUAUUGAAGCCCACAAAUCUGAUGUCUUCGACAUUGACAUAGCAUCCGAUGGACGAAUUAUCAUUUCCGUCGGGCAUGAUGGUAUCGCUAAAAUGUGGGAUAUGGGUCUUGGAACACUUAUUCGAGCACCUUGUGGGCUUACAGUCGAGAAAAACAAGCACUUCGAACAGUUGUUGUGCGAAGCACAGGCCGAGGGGAUGGUAUCGUCUCUCUGUGUAAGUUCUUGCGGAAACUUCACUGGAGUGGGAAGCAUGGGAGGUAGUGUAUAUAUAUUCGACACACAUGAAAUGAAGGAAUUGAUCGCGUUCAAGGAAACUCAUGGUAUUUUUGUGACCGCAGUAGAAUUCCUUGAUCGAACUGCAUCAGAUAUUAAAUCUCUUGUGCAACAACCUGCUUCCGGUCCUCCUCGCAACGUUCCAGGACCAGGUGCUGUGGUUGCUCGAGCGUCAUUGAUAUCUCUAAGUGCCGACCAAACAAUUCAGGUGAUUAGU